AAAGUUUCACACACUACUCUCAAAAUUAAAGACUCUGUAAUAUUUUUAAUAUUAUGAAAUUGAAUAUGAAGUUUUCGAUAAUGACGACCGUUUUUAUGGUGUGUGUUCAUGUUGUGGUUGUGGAGCCAGGUGGUGCGUUGGGAUUGGGUAAAAGACAAUGGGGUUUACAGAGAAAGGAAGUUAUUCCCACCUCCGCCGGAGAAGACGACCUCGUUACUAACUUGCCCGGCCAGCCCCUCGUCGGAUUCCGCCAUUUUGCCGGCUAUGUCACCGUCCAUCAGUCCCACGGUAGGGCAUUGUUUUACUGGUUCUACGAGGCUGCCUCUACCCCUCAUCAAAAACCCUUGGUUCUUUGGCUCAAUGGAGGUCCUGGCUGCUCCUCUGUGGGUUAUGGAGCAACACAAGAGAUUGGUCCUUUCAUAGUGGACAAUGAUGCAAAAGGACUUAAAUUAAAUGACUAUUCUUGGAAUAAAGAGGCCAAUAUGCUAUUCUUGGAAUCUCCUAUUGGUGUUGGCUUUUCAUACUCAAAUACAACCGCCGAUUACGACAAUCUAGGGGACGAAUUUACAGCAAAUGAUGCAUAUAACUUUUUGCAAAAGUGGUUCCUCAAGUUUCCUUCGUACAGAAACCACACUUUUUACAUCGCAGGAGAGAGUUAUGCAGGCAAAUAUGUUCCUGAACUGGCUGAGCUCAUCCACGAUAGGAAUAAAGAUUCUUCCUUCCACAUCAAUCUGCAUGGUGUUUUGUUGGGGAACCCAGAAACUUCAGAUAGUGAUGAUUGGAGAGGAAUGGUGGAUUAUGCAUGGAGCCAUGCAGUGAUAUCUGAUGAAACUCACAAAAUAAUAAGAGAAAGUUGUGAUUUUAAUAGCAAUGACACUUGGAGUAAUAACAAUUGUAGUGAAGCAGUGGAUGAGUUGCUUACCCAAUACAAAGAAAUUGAUAUUUACAGCCUUUAUACCUCUCUUUGCAUUGCUAAUUCUGCAUCUGCUGAUGGCAAUUCUGUCCAAACCCUAACCAUCAAACGCUCUACUACCAUGAUGCCCAGAAUGAUGGGUGGAUACGAUCCCUGCCUCGAUGGUUAUGCAAAAACAUUUUACAAUAGACGAGAUGUGCAAGAAGCCCUUCAUGUUAGUGAUGGGCAGCACUUGAAGAAUUGGAGUAUUUGCAACAAUACCAUAUUUGAAAACUGGUAUGAUUCAAAGCCUUCAAUUAUUCCGAUAUACGAGAAGCUGAUUGCAGCUGGGCUUAGAGUAUGGAUCUACAGUGGAGAUACAGAUGGAAGAGUGCCUGUUUUGUCCACUAGAUAUAGUCUGAGAUCCCUCAGUCUGCCCAUUACCAAGACAUGGAGGCCUUGGUACCAUCAGAAGCAGGUGAGUGGGUGGUAUCAGGAAUAUGCUGGUCUAACAUUUGCAACAUUCAGAGGAGCUGGGCAUGCAGUGCCAUGUUUCAAACCAAGCAGUUCUUUGGCCUUCUUUGCUUCCUUUCUCAGUGGACAAUCCCCACCUUCUGCUAAAUGAUGCUGCUAUUUCCUUUAUUAAUUAACUAUUAUCUUACACAAUAAAAUAAACUCUUCUCAUCUCAUCCACUUUAACACAGUCUAUACAAACUAGAAGGAUCAUUUCAAUUGUAAUCACUUACUCUCAUCUCUUCCCUAAAUAAGACUCAAUAUGGACUCCAAGUGGUUCCAACCCAUCCCAAAUCUUACUUCCAAUUCACAGCCCAACUUUCAGCCAUUUUCCCUAGCUUAGCACAAAUUUGACAAAGAUCUUAUUAUUUUCAAUCUCUCAUUUUGACUUUUUUUAGGGGCCGUUCAGAUUGAGAUUUUCUAAAUGUCCAGAAAUUAGGAUGCCUAGAAAUUAUAUGCCUGGGAAUAAAAUUACUGAAAAUCAAGGAUGACUAUAUUUUGUCGUGCAUGCAAAACAAUGCAUGGAAAUAGUAUGUCUAGAAAUUAAAGAUAACUAUAUUUGGUUGUGUAGGAAAAUGUUAUCAACUUUUAUUGGGAAUGUGUUUAGUGUUGCAUGAGAAUAUUAUUA